AUGGUCAACUGGAACAAGCAGAUGCAUGAGGACGAUCCAAAAGCAAACUCAGGUUACAGGCAAAUGAUCGAUACAGCUAGCAGACAACUGAGUGACGAGUCUCCUCUGAGGAUUAUUCUGGGUAAAAGUGUGUCUGAAAACAGCCGCGUGGAAAACUCCAUCUUGAGCCGAUCAGCACUUGACAGUAAAGCUCAUUCAAAUGUUGUGGAGAAAGUCGGAGGAAGACUGAAGAUAAGUUUACUGACACAAGGUUCAAGAGUAAACACAGAUGAUGAAGUGAGGAUUGUUCUUCUGGGGAAAACUGGUGUUGGGAAAAGUGCAACGGGAAACACAAUCUUAGGAAGAAAAGCUUUUACAGCAGAAACAUCCUUUGAGUCAGUGACUAAAGAGAGUCAGAGAGAAUCAUGUGAAAUCAAUGGCAGACAGGUCACUGUGAUCGACACUCCAGGAGUGUUUGAUACUGAACUCACUGAAGAGGAGAUCCAGAGAGAAAUCAGACACUGCAUCUCCAUGAUUCUGCCUGGACCUCAUGUGUUUCUCCUGCUGGUUCCACUGGGACGAUUCACUAAAGAGGAGGAAACAUCAGUGAAGAUCAUCCAGGAGGCGUUUGGGGAAAACUCACUAAUGUUCACCAUGGUGCUCUUCACCAGAGGAGACUUCCUAGGAAACAAAACCAUUGAUCAGUGUUUGGGUAAACCUGGAUCUCCUCUGAUGAACCUGAUUGAAGCUUGUGGACACAGAUAUCAUGUGUUCAACAAUAAUCAGCCUGAAGAGCGAACACAAGUGUCUGAUCUACUGGAGAAGAUAGACAACAUGGUGAAGGCAAACGGAGGAAGCUUCUACUCAUGUAAGAUGUUCAGAGAGAUGGAGAGAGAAAAACAAGAACAACAGAUGAAGAUCCUGAUGGACAGAGUCAGAGAAACUGAAGAAGAGAUGAAGAAACUGGAGGAAGAGAAAGACAGAAUGAAGAUGAUGAUGGAGGAGGAACGACAGAAGCAGGAGACAGAGAGAAAGAGGAGAGAAGAAGAACUGAAGAGAGAAAUAAGAGAAGGAGAGAAACAUCAGAGAGAGAUGAAAGAGGAGAUGAAGAGAGAACGAGAGACAUUUAGACACGAAAUAGAGGAAAUCAGGAGAGAAAAAGAGAAAAUGCAGAUCAAACAUGAGACAGAAACAGACAGACUGAUGAAGAGAAUAGAGGAUGAACAAGAGAUUCAUGAAACAGAGAGGUUAAAUGUGGUCCUGCUGGGAAGUACAGGAGCUGGGAAAAGUGCAUCAGGAAACACAAUCCUGGGAAGACCAGCUUUCAUCUCAAAGAAAAGUCUCAGACCAGUCACACGAGACGUCACUGUGGAGUCUGGAACAUUCUGUGAACUAGCAGUCACUGUUUACGACACUCCAGGAUUGUUUGACACAAAGCUGAGUGAUGAAGAGAUUCAGCAGAUGAUCAAUGAGAAGGUCCUCCAGAAAUGUUCAUCAGGUCUGUGUGUGUUUCUGCUGGUCAUCAAAGCUGACAGAUUCACUGAAGAAGAGAGAAAGACUGUGGAGAAGAUUGAGAAGAUCCUGGGAGAAAACAACCAGAAAGACACCUGGAUUCUGUUCUCUGGAGGAGACGAACUGGAGGAAGAAAACACGACAAUACAGGAGUUCAUAGAGGAGACAGAAGAACUGAAGACACUCGUGCAGAAAUAUGAGCACAGAUACCAUCUGUUCAACAACAAGAAGAAGAAAGAUGAGGAGGGACCGAGUGAACAAGUGAAAAUACUAUUAACAAAAAUACUGAAGCCUUACACAAUGGGUGAAGAGAUAAAUCCACUGAAGAGAAAAAUACCUGAAAAUAUUGGAGCAGUCUCUUGUGUCUCCAGUCCUCCCUCCAGACGGAUUGUUCUUGUGGGUAAAUCUGGUGUUGGUAAAAGUGCAGCUGGAAACACAAUCCUGGGACAGAAAGAGUUUACAUCUGUGAUGAGGAUGAACUCUGUAACCCGUCAAUGUUCCAUAGUACAGGCAGAUUCAGUUUCAGGCAGAUCUGUGUCUGUAGUUGACACUCCUGGAUUAUUCGACACUCAGAUGAAACCUGAAGAGUUAAUGAUGGAGAUCGCCAGAAGUGUGUAUAUCUCCAGUCCUGGACCUCACGCUUUCCUCAUUGUGUUUCCUCUCAACAUGAGAUUCACUGAACGUGAACAGCAGAUUCCUCAGAUGAUUGAGCUGCUGUUUGGUGAAGAAGUGUUGAAAUACUCCAUCAUUCUCUUCACUCAUGGAGAUCUGCUGGAUGGAGAGUCUGUAGAGAAGCUGAUAAAGGAGAACUGUAGAUUAAGAUCUGUAGUCCAGCAGUGUGGAGGCAGAUAUCAUGUGUUCAACAACAGAGAUGAGGAGAACAGAGAGCAGGUGGAGGAUCUACUGCAGAAGAUUGACUCAAUGAUACAGCAGAAUGGAGGAGAACACUACACUAACCAGAUGUAUGCUCAGAGAUUCAGACAAGAGGAAAGAGAGAGGAAACAGAGAGAAGAAGAGCAGAUAAAACAACAAGUGGAGAAACAAAGUCAAAACUGUGUGUGUAGUUGA